GCGGAUGUGUUUCAUCUAAAGAUAAUAAUUAUCACAGUUUUGGAAGAGGAUUAGAGCCACUCAUGGACGUAAUUUUGGGGGGGGGACAUGUCCCCCCCACUUUUUCCAAAGUCAAGUUUUGACCCCUGCACUUUUUACCAUCCAAAAAUAAUACGCUAUAUUUAAUUGACACUGGUUGAGCUGUAGGACCAAGCAGAAAACAACCGUUUGUGUUGAAGCCUGUUUCCCAUUAGAACAUACUGUAAAGAUACCCCCCCCCCCAUGUCCCCCCCACUUCUAAAGUGAAAAUUACGUCCAUGGAGCCACUGAAUUUAAAAAAAACUGAUUUUAAUCUCAGAUUUGUGAGAUUAAAAUCAGAAUUCCUUUCCUUUUAAGUGGCCUAACCGUCCUCCAUAAAUAAUAAUGAUAACCACUUAAACAUUAUCUGUGACUUUUCUAAACUAAAUAAAGACAUAGACACGACUUUUAAUUUGAAGUCGACAUCAGUGUAUAAAAUGAAUCACUUCUCAAUUGAUACUGAUGAUGAUGAUGAUAAUACUGAUGAUGAUGGGGAUGAUAGUGAUGAAGAUGAUGGUGGUGAUUAUGGUAAUGAUGAUGUUUCAUACAGGACACUUAGUGAGAGGUGAGGGCACCAUGUGGUGGUUCCAGCAGGGUCUCUGUCUCCUGCCUGCCGCUCUGGUCGUCUGGACGGUGGCGUCCUUCGUUUUCGCUUACAUCACAGCGGUGGUUCUGGACCAUGUGGACCCUCUGGUACCCUACAUCAGUGACACAGGAACUAUGGCUCCAGAGAGAUGUGUGUUUGGGAUCAUGCUGGAUGUGUCGGCCUUUUUAGGCAUAGCCACGGUGUACGUGCGUUACAAGCAGGUGGAGGCUCUCACUGGUGAGGAUGAAGCCUGUGUUCAGAAACUCAACCUCGCGGGUCUGGUGUUGGGCUGGACCAGCUCCUUCGGGAUGUGUGUGGUGGCCAACUUCCAGAAGACCACUCUGUUCUCGAUGCACCUGGUGGGUGCCGUGCUGACCUUCGGGGUUGGGGCUCUCUACAUCGUGAUUCAGACGGUGAUGUCACUCUACAUGCACCCCCACGUCCACAGCAGGACCGUGUUUGCGGUUCGCCUGUGCAUCGGACUCUGGACCCUGAGCAGCAUCAUCAGCAUGUUCGUUUCAUCCGUCAUCAUGUACAGCAUUCUCCGAGGCAUCGACGUACCGCAUAAACUCCACUGGACCCCAGGAGAGCCGGGUUACACAGCCCACAUGUUCAGCACGGUGUCUGAAUGGUCUCUGGCCUUCUCCUUCAUUAGCUUCUUCCUCACUUACAUCAGAGACUUUCAGAAAAUAAAAAUGCGAGCAGAAAUCGUCUUGCUGAGCAGCCACCUGUACAACUCGCCACGUGAAGACUUCCAAGCCUCUCAGCGUAACGUGCCCUCAGAGACCUCUCCGCUGCUGUCAGGAACCACAUGACACCUUCACGCCUGCUUCUACGUCCAUAUUUGCGCUUUUCUUUUGACAUUUACCGCUCUUUGUUUGGGGACUCUGGUGACUUUUUAAAAGCUCGGGGAGCCCAAGUGUGUUCUCCGUUCAGCUGUGCCGUGUGUAUUCAGGUUCAGGGGUGGCAGCUGCAGGUGAGUUCACCUGAAUCAGACGUUUUUCUUAAAGGGGAUCUCCAAACAUAAAGGUGGAGAGAUGUUUUAGUAACUUUUACAAUUUUCACUUAAAUACUGACAACUUACCUGCACUGUGUGCCUUUUAUUAAAGGUGAUAACUGGGAUUUAUCCAAGUUUACUGGGCACCAAUCAUUAAGAGCACUCAUUUAUCUGUUUUAAAGCAUUCGCACUUAAAUUUCAUGUUUGCUAAACAGUUUUUCUAAGACACACUUUCAUUUACAGGGAUUACAUUCAUUACUCUGAUGGAUCAUAAUCAGAAAUGAUCCACAUCAGGCUCCAAACUGUAACCACCCAUAAAAGAAAACUAUACAAACAACUUUUAACUGUAUUUAUGAUUAUUUUACUCUUUAAAAUGUGAAUAUUUGAAAUAGGUGCUGUUAAAACUGUUUUACAAGGUGAAACGUUUGCUCUUUGUACUUUUCUGUUUUCUACUGAACUCAAGAUCAGUCGAAUAAAAACAAACGUGCUGUUUGUGCCACGAUGA